AUGCAUUUACCACGGAGGAGGCGGCUACGGAGGAACCGAAUCUUUUUUUUGCUUGCCAUAGUGUUGGUCCUCUCUUUCUACCAGCUCCAGUCCAGCCCCUCUCCCCUUCCAGCAUCACACAGAGCCCCUCAACCCACGGACCCUGCCAAAGUGACCUCCAGGGACCUCCCCAGCAACAAGACUGCUGUAAGAGGCAAUGGCACAGCACCCAAAAUAAGGCACUGCAUCUAUGUGGAUCCUGAGCCAGCUGUGCCCGUCACCACGUCAGUGGGCACAACACCACAGCAAGAAAAUGCCAGUGAAAGCUCCCCAGAUGCAAAACCACCCUAUGAGUCCAAAGGAGAAUAUCCCCAGGACCUGUUUAGUGUGGAAGAACGCAGGCAAGGGUGGGUUGUACUUCACAUCUUUGGCAUGAUGUAUGUAUUUGUGGCCUUGGCCAUAGUGUGUGAUGAGUAUUUUGUCCCUGCUUUGGGAGUGAUCACUGAGAAGCUGGAGAUCUCUGAAGAUGUGGCUGGAGCCACCUUCAUGGCAGCAGGUGGAUCAGCACCAGAACUCUUCACGUCCCUCAUAGGUGUCUUCAUCUCACACAGCAAUGUCGGCAUCGGUACCAUUGUGGGCUCAGCAGUGUUUAAUAUCCUCUUUGUCAUUGGCACCUGUGCCCUCUUCUCGAGGCAGAUACUCCACCUGACAUGGUGGCCCUUAUUUAGAGACAUCACAUUCUACAUUGUAGACUUACUGAUGCUCAUCCUGUUUUUCCUAGACAGUGUCAUUGAUUGGUGGGAAAGCCUCCUUUUACUGACUGCCUAUGCCACAUACGUGUUCACCAUGAAACAUAACAUGUUCCUGGAGCAAUGGGUGAAGCAGGAGCUGAAAAAGAAGCUAAAUGCUGUGCAGGCAGCAUCAGCAGAGCACAUGCGGAAGCCUGGGCCAGCCCUGCAGCGGGGCAGCAGCUCGGCCUCCCUGCACAACUCUCAGAUGCGCGGCACCAUCGUCCAGCUCAUGAUCCACACCCUGGACCCCCUGGCAGAAGCAAAAUUUAAAGACAGGGUUGACACCCUGAGCAAAUUGGCCAAGGCCAAGGCUGAGACCCUGGAAGGACAAGGCUCCCAGCCAGAAGAGGGAAAGAAAGCACCAAGCAACGUCCAGGUAACUCCUGCCAGUGACUCUGAGCCCAGCAAAGACACACAGAAGGCAGAUGUGCCACAGGAUGGACAGGUGCCCCCCCCAUCAAGCAGUGACACCUCAGACGACAGCAGCUCUGAGAGCCAGGAGGACAGUGAUAGUGACAGCACAGAGAGUGAUGACAACGAUGAGCCCUUAUCUCUGGAAUGGCCAGAAUCAAGGACAAAACAAGCGAUUUACCUCUUUCUCUUUCCCAUUGUCUUUCCUCUCUGGAGCACUCUGCCUGAUGUCAGAAACUCGGAAUCAAAAAAAUUCUUUGUCAUCACAUUUUUUGGAUCCAUCCUCUGGAUUGCUGCAUUCUCUUAUCUCAUGGUGUGGUGGGCUCACCAGGUUGGUGAAACCAUUGGGAUCUCAGAGGAAAUUAUGGGGUUAACCAUACUGGCAGCAGGCACAUCCAUCCCUGACCUCAUCACCAGUGUCAUCGUGGCCCGGAAGGGCCUGGGGGACAUGGCUGUGUCCAGCUCUGUGGGCAGCAACAUCUUUGACAUCACUGUUGGCCUACCAGUUCCCUGGUUCCUUUUUUCUAUCUUCAAUGGCCUCAGCCCUGUGGCAGUCAGCAGCAAUGGUUUGUUUUGUGCAAUUGUUCUCCUUUUCCUCAUGCUCCUGUUUGUGAUUAUCUCUAUUGCUGUCUGUAAAUGGAAAAUGAACAAAUUACUGGGGCUCACCAUGUUUGCUCUAUACUUUGUGUUUCUGAUCAUCAGUGUGAUGUUAGAGGACAAGAUAAUAUCCUGCCCGGUGUCUGUAUGA